AUGGUCAAUAGCAACAGCCUUGCGCCGCCUCGGCUACACAUCGAAACUUCAGAGCCAUCACCAGCACUAGAAGCCGAAGAUGACAUAUCCGACAACAGCUUAGCACCUCCCACUUUUCACCUCACCACCAGGCCUCGCUCAGGCUCUACCGCCGACGACGAAACCCUGGCGCCGUCACCCACCGCCUCCACCCACUCCAUUCCCUUCCUCACCCCUCUAGGUGGCAGCACCAUUGCGCCCAGCAUACGUUCUCGGAGCGGCAGCGUCUUGAUCGAGGAUACCGAAGCCGCCCUCCGCCCCGAUCCCGGCUCCGAAGCCGAUUUUCUCGUCUCCGACGACACCCCCUUCGCCUUCUCCCCCGGCCACCUCAACAAACUCCUGAACCCCAAGUCUCUGUCCGCUUAUUUCGCUCUUGGCGGCAUCCGAGGCAUCGAAAAGGGCCUCGCCACGAACCUGUCCGCUGGCCUGAGCCUCGACGAGACUACUGUCCUCACCCGCGUCGCCUUCGAAGACGCCACCGGCCACAAGGCCCCCCAGUACCCCAAACCCCCCAAAUCGAAAUCGCCGCCUUUCACCCCUCAUCCCGUGUCCGUUUCCUCCGGCGAUGGCUUCCGAGACAGGAUACGUAUCUUCGGCAAAAACACCCUGCCCCCGAAAAAGCCCACGCCGCUAUGGAAAAUCGCCUGGGAGACCUAUAAGGACCCCAUCCUUCUGCUGCUCACCGGCGCCGCCGUCAUCUCCCUGGCCCUCGGCCUGUACGAAACCUUCCGCGGCGACCAUCCCGAAGGCGAGCCCCCGCUGAACUGGGUCGAGGGACUGGCCAUUUGUAUCGCCAUUAUCAUCGUCACCCUGGUCGGUUCCUUCAACGACUGGGAGAAGGAAAAGGCCUUCCUCAAGCUCAGCGCCAAGAAGGACGAUCGCGAUGUGAAAGUCACCCGUUCCGGUAAGCCCGACAUGAUCGGCGUCCACGAGAUCCUGGUCGGAGAUGUCCUGCACCUGGAGCCGGGCGACCUGGUCCCCGUGGACGGCGUUUUCAUCGACGGCCACGACCUCAAGUGCGACGAGUCCUCGGCCACCGGCGAGUCGGACGCCCUGAAGAAGACCCCGGGCGACCAGGCCUUCCAGAUGCUGCAGCGCGGGACCGCCCCGGGCGACUUGGACCCCUUUAUCAUCUCGGGCGCCAAGGUCCUGGAAGGCGUCGGCACCUACGUCGCCACCUCGGUCGGCAUCAACUCGAGCUUCGGCAAGAUCAUGAUGUCCGUCCGGACCGACAUGGACCCCACGCCGCUCCAAAAAAAGCUGGAGCGUCUUGCCAUGGCCAUCGCCAAGCUGGGUUUCACCGCCGCCGCCUUCCUCUUCUUCGUCCUGCUCUUCCGCUUCGUCGCUCAGCUCCCCGGCGACACCCGGACCCCGCCCGAGAAGGGCUCCGCCUUUAUGGAUAUCCUCAUCGUCGCCGUCACCAUCAUCGUCGUGGCCGUGCCCGAAGGUCUCCCCCUCGCCGUGACUCUCGCCCUCGCCUUUGCCACCAAGAGGAUGUUGAAGGAGAACAAUCUCGUUCGCGUCUUGCGCGCCUGCGAGACCAUGGGCAACGCCACCACCAUCUGCUCCGACAAGACCGGCACGCUCACCACCAACAAGAUGACCGUCGUGGCCGGGACCUUUGGCACCGCCAGCUUUUCCAAGUCGGACAAGGGCGAUUCGGCCGGUCCGGCCCUGUUCGCCAAGUCUCUUCCCCAGAAGACGAAGACGCUCAUCGUCCAGUCCGUCGCCCUCAACUCGACCGCCUUCGAAAGCGAGGAGAACGGACAGGCCACUUUUACCGGCUCCAAGACCGAGACGGCCAUGCUGCACUUUGCCAGGUCGCACCUGGCUAUGGCCCCCCUCGGCGAGACGCGAGCCAACGAGACCGUCGUCCAGAUGAUGCCUUUCGACUCGAAGAAGAAGUGCAUGGCCUGCGUGAUCAAGCUGUCAGGCGGCACCGGCUAUCGUCUCCUCGUCAAGGGUGCUUCGGAGAUUCUACUGGGCUACUGCAGCACCAAAACCGACGUCGAUACCCUCGUUGUCGGGCCCCUGGAGGACGCGGAUCGCACUCGCCUGCGGGAUACGAUCAACGAAUACGCCCGACAAUCCCUCCGGACCAUCGCGCUCGUCUACCAGGACUACCCCCAAUGGCCGCCCUCUGGUGUUGAGUGGAAGGACGGCCACGUCGAUGUCGGCGCGGUCCUUCAUGAUCUCGUCUUCCUCGGUGUUGUCGGUAUACAGGACCCCGUGCGCCCAGGCGUCCCCGACGCUGUUCGGCGGGCCCAGGGCGCUGGUGUGACGAUUCGUAUGGUCACGGGAGACAACGCUAUCACGGCGCAGGCGAUCGCGACUGAGUGCGGCAUCUAUACCGACGGCGGCCUCGUUAUGGAGGGACCUGUUUUCCGAACCCUCACCGACGAACAGAUGGACGAACAGCUCCCUUACCUGCAGGUCCUGGCUCGAUCGUCCCCGGAAGACAAGAGGAUUUUGGUGGCUAAGCUGAAGGCCCUGGGCGAGACGGUGGCGGUCACAGGCGACGGCACGAACGACGCGCCGGCCUUGAAAGCCGCCGACGUCGGCUUCUCGAUGGGUCUUAGCGGAACGGAGGUGGCCAAGGAGGCGUCGGCGAUCGUGCUGAUGGACGACAACUUCACCUCGAUCCUGACGGCCCUGAAAUGGGGACGGGCCGUCAACGACGCCGUGCAGAAGUUCCUCCAGUUCCAGAUCACCGUCAACAUCACCGCCGUGCUCCUCGCCUUUAUCAGCGCUGUCUCGAGCCCGGGUAUGCACUCGGUCCUCACGGCCGUGCAGCUGCUCUGGGUCAACCUCAUUAUGGACACGUUCGCGGCGCUCGCGCUUGCGACGGACCCGCCGACCGACAAGAUCCUGCACCGCAAGCCGCAUCCCAAGAGCGCGCCGCUCAUCACGGUGAACAUGUGGAAGAUGAUCAUCGGGCAGGCGAUCUUCCAGCUGACGGCCACGCUAGUGCUGCAUUUUGCGGGCCACCGGAUUUUGGGGUACGACCUGGGCGACGAAGUCAGGCAGAUGGAGCUCGACACGAUGAUCUUCAACACGUUUGUGUGGAUGCAGAUUUUCAACGAGUUCAAUAACCGCCGGCUCGACAACAAGUUCAACAUCUUCGAGGGGAUCCACCGGAAUAAGUUCUUCAUUGGGAUUAACUGCGUCAUGGUCGGGGCGCAGAUCGCUAUUAUCUUCGUGGGUGGGCGCGCGUUCAGCAUCAGGCCCAUUGACGGGACGCAGUGGGCGAUUUGCGUGGUGCUCGCGUUCGUGUCCAUCCCCAUGGCUGUCUUGAUUCGGCUUUUCCCUGACGCGUGGUUCGCGGCCAUGGCGAGGUUUGUCGGCAAGCCGAUCCUUUUCGUCUACAAGCCUGUGGCGAGGGCUUGGGGGAAGGUGUUUAAGAAGAAAGACGACGAGGAGGAGGAGGACGAUGAUAAUGCGCAGGACGACAAGGGGGGCGAGAAAAACCAGCAGGAGAAGGAGGAGAAGGAGGUGGAGGCGCCCAUCAUUGCGCCGGAGAUUAUCAUCUCCCCUGGCGACGACGGGUCCAGGAGUGACAAGGAAAAGGAUCUGGAAAGGGGGGUUUGA